UUGGCUUUUCUAAGGUAUUCCGGACCAAAGACUCUUUUUGCCGCCGCUUGGGCGAAUAAGAGUGACAGGAGAUUUCGUUUGGCCGUUGGUAGUAUUGUAGAACGAGAGCAAGGCAAUAAUGUGACCCUUAUUGAAUUGGACGAAACACUUGGAUCGUUAGUGGAAAGAGGAAGCUUUAAUCAUGAAUUUCCUCCAAAUCAAAUAGGAUUUAUACCUGAUCUAGAAAAUAGAUAUCCCGAUCUAAUAGCUACAAGUGCGGAUUUCCUUCGCUUAUGGAGAAUUCACCCGAAUAAUCUAGUCACUGAGGAGGCGAAUAAGUCAUCUCAGUUCACUGCUCCGCUAACGAAUUUCGAUUGGAAUGAAGUUGAACCAAGGUUAAUUGGUACGUCGAGUAUCGACACUACCUGUACCAUCUAUGACAUUGAGGCACAACAAGCAGUUGGGUUAAUUCGUCCAAUCGCAUUCAGCGUUAAAACACAACUAAUAGCUCAUGAUAAACCUGUGCAUGACAUCGCUUUUAGUCGGAUCUUCAACGGAAAGGAUAAUUUUGCCACAGUUGGUGCUGAUGGAAGUGCUCGUAUGUUCGAUCUUCGCCAUCUGGAACAUUCUACUAUUGUUUAUGAAGAUCCGCUUAAAUUGCCUUUGAUGAGAGUUGCAUGGAACAAGCAAGAACAUUAUCAUCUUGCUACAUUUGCUCAGGAUUCAACUGAGGUUAUCAUUAUUGACAUACGAAUGCCAUGCAGUCCUCUUGCUAGACUCAAGAAUCAUAACGGAGCAGUGAAUGGCUUAGCCUGGGCGCCUCAUAGUGCGCAUCAUAUUUGUACCGCGAGUGAUGAUGCACAAGCCUUGAUUUGGGAUCUCCAGAACAUGCCACGACCAGUGGAAGAUCCAAUUUUGGCGUACUCUGCCGGUGGAGAGGUUAACCAAGUUCACUGGGGUCCAGCGCACAAUAACUGGAUUUGUAUUUGUUUUAAUAAGUCUUUAGAGAUUCUUCGAGAGAUUUACGGGUACGAUGCACCGUAUAGCUUGUACUCCAGCGCUUGGAGUACAGCUACUGAUCCACAGCGACGGUUUCGUCUUGCUGUUAGCAGCUUUAUAGAGGAGUAUAGCAAUAAAGCACGUUUCAUGGUAUCUAUUGUACAACUAGAUGAAGGAGUUGGUGAACUUGUUUUGCGGAGCACGUUCGACCAUCCGUACCCAGCAACAAGGUUGAUGUGGAUUCCUGAUUCUAAAGGGACGUACCCUGAUUUGUUAGCCACUAGUGGUGACUAUUUGAGGUUAUGGAGGCUGGGAGUUGACAACAACGCUAAGAUAGAAACUCUUCUUAAUACGAACCGUACAGCAGAAUAUUGUGCACCGUUGACUUCUUUCGAUUGGAACGAAUUAGACCUCAAUCUUAUUGGUACUAGCAGCAUCGACACAACAUGCACUGUGUGGCAGCUUGAGACGGGUCAAGCGAUUGGUACAGCAAGGUCAAAAGUAGAUGGAACAGUUCGUACUCAGCUAAUUGCUCAUGACAAGGAAGUUUUCGAUAUUUCAUUUAGCAGGGGUAAUCGAGAUGUAUUCGCAAGCGUGGAUCCAAAGCGUACACCGUUACUUAGAUUAGCGUGGAAUCGUAAUGACCAUAAUUACAUUGCAACAUUUGCAUGUGAAAGUAACGAGGUGAUAAUCCUUGAUAUGCGACUUCCAUGCCAUCCAGUUGCGCGGUUAGCGAAUCAUCGUGCUCCUGUCAAUGGAAUCUCGUGGGCACCUCAUUCAAGUACUCAUAUUUGUACAGCUGCCGAUGAUGCGCAAGCAUUAAUUUGGGAUGUUCAUGAAAUACCAAGGCCUAUACUCGAUCCAAUUUUAGCGUAUCAAGCAGCUGGCGAGGUGAAUCAAAUUCAUUGGUCCACCACGUUUCCUGACUGGAUAUCAAUUUGCUAUGCGAAUCGACUUGAGAUCCUGCGAGUUUAG